ACCUUCUCUUAAGUACUGUCCACAUUGCCGGCAUCAACAUACUACCUGAGCACAUCAAAGUUGUCCCUAUCAUCGUCCUAAUCGUCGUUCUCUUGCUAGUCGCCCUUCUUAACUCAGUCAGUGGACUACUUGCGGGUGGAACAGUCACAGCAUCCAGACCGAGCAAGGUUCAGAGUCUACAGAUCAGUGGAGUAACUGUCUCGGUAAGUGGCUUCGUACAAAGCGUUAAAAUCAUCCAAGAUGAGAUGGCAACAAAAGCUAAUCAACAAGAGCAGUGUCUGUAUGAAGUACCAACAUGUCAGAUCAAGCCCCCAUCCUCGACUCCGAACUUGAGGGAGAUAUCCUACGUAUACUGAAAGCAUGCGGCACCCACAUGGCGAGCAUAUCAGUGCGCUCUCUAAGCAAACCCUCGCACUUGGAGAGGACGACAGUCCAACUACAAACUUUCAUGAGGCUGGGCGACUCGAUUCGGCCUGGAGCUUUCGAAUAUAAAGUCUCCUCCGAUGGCAAAAACAUCUUUCACAUUGCUUCAAUAACCAAGAUUCUUGUUGCCGUUGCCAUCGUAAUUGCCGUCGAAAUAAAGGCAAAGGAGCAGGUCGUUGAGAACCCUUAUGCUGCGUUUUCGAACGUACCCGAGGAGUCGCUCACCACUCUAUACAACGACCAUAGCAAGGAUAAAAUGCCGAGCUUACCUGGGAAUCCAAGUUUGUACCAGCUUCUUGUGCAUUUCAGGGGACUUCGUUCGUCCAAUCAUUACCUUCUUGCGCCAGACGGAUCACCGAUAAUGACCAUGGCGGACCUUCUACAAGAUCUGACAUACCUCAGCAAACGCGAUGCGGGCCGAAGUAGUGCAGAAGAACUGUGGACAAAAUACAGCAACAUCAACUACUCGCUUAUCGCCAUAGCUAUCGAAGCUCUCUGGAAAGAUACUCUAAGCACAUUCAUGAGCAAGACCCUGUUCGAGCCGCUUGGCAUGAUGUCAACCACAAUCGGCUCCCCAACGGAUAGAGGCAUUCGCCCGGAGAGAUAUGUAGUGGACUCAAAUGGUACACUUCACUGUGUGCGGAGCCCGGAAUAUCAAUCCACUGGAGCAGAGGCCGGGGCGCUGGGAGCAUUCAGUAGUGCCGAGGACCUUGACAAAUUUUUCACAUUCCUCAUCACGUCCCUCCACGGCAAAAAAGUCAUAGAAGGAUUCGACGUCAAUAUCAUCAGUAAAUUGUUCAAAUUAGAGUCCAGAGAAACAAAGGAGAAUGUUUUCACAGGACUGGGGUUAUUGACCACGCUGAACUCGUCAAAAAUCGGCUCAAUGUCCACGAACGCACUCCUUUUUCCUGAUGAAACCUUUUCCACUUACCCGGUGAGCCCAGGAUCCAGGGGGAAAGGUAUUGAAGCGUACUACAUGGCUGGCUCAGCACUCGGCUGUAAUUGCACAACAGCGUUCCUCCCCAGUGUGGUUCAAGAAAGUUUUGCAGUCGUGGUAUUGACGGACACUUCGGGUCCCGUCGACGCCGCUGACCAUAUCUCGCGGCGUAUACUACAGACGAUUGCUAAAAGGAGGUGUCCUCAAAAACUUUCGCUCUUCCACCGACAGCCAGAAAAUGUGAUGGAAAUGGUCAAAAAGGCAUGGGAUGCAUCGUCCAAUGCUUGGAAGCGCACAGAGAAAAAAGACGAACAACUAAUAAAGAACGCCCCCAAUGUCUCUAAAAAUAUUACGGGAGUUUUUAAGGGAAAAGGUUUCAGUCAGUGGUUGAUCAUAACCACAGCUGACUUAAAGACAUACAUCACUGUCUGUGGCUCCAAUGACUCCAGAACCUCUUCUGCCUCCGGAUCAUCCUCUGCCUUCAGAACUUCCCCGGCCCAGUUUCAACUAAUCUGGGUAAACGCAAAUUUAGUCAAGAUGUGUGUCCCGCCGCAUCUAUCUAUCGAUACUCAUGGCGAUGGCGACUGGUCCGAGCUGACAUUUGAAGUACAUUGCUCAGGAAAUACGGUCACAGAGCUUAUCCGCAUGACCGCCGUUGGUAAGGACUGCUUUGAAAGAACCGAAUCAGGCACACCAGAUUGAUACGCUGUCUUUAUACAUCAUGAUAUCUGUAGGUUGGUUUCGACCGACUGGGAGAGGUGUCAAGUCCCUAGUACCGUCUCAUCUGAUUAUAUAACGUCUCACGAGGCUCCAUUCCGUCACUCCUUUCUUGUCCAAAUGUAGUCUAUGGUCGAUACGGCUGUCAACCCCCAUAUGUAUGUAGUGAUUAUUUUGUCGCGUCUAUGUUGCUUUCCUGUUUCUCCAUUGCGCGACGUCACUGCGCUGUAGUUAGCAGCCAGUAACACGUCUCUAUUCUCCCUUGAUUUCUCUCCCGUUACUCUAUAUAGUCCCACGUUACAUCCUCAAUACAACUCAUGCUUCCUUCACUGAUUCUUUGCCCUUCCUACGCCAGCUGCCAGUAGUCUCUCUGUAAUUUCAAUCAGCCU